UUUAAAUGCAGAGAGCAACCCUCUGCGGGGUGUCAGUGUCCUGUGUGACGGAUCCUAGACGCAGUGAUGGAGGUCCUCUCCGCGUUUGUCUCCACCGCUCUUGUCUGCCUGGUCAAUGCCGGAGCCGAUACUGAUAUACACUGGACAUACAAAGAGGGAGCCUUGGACCAGAUGCACUGGGCAACCAAAUACCCAGCAUGUGGAGGCAAGAAACAGUCACCAAUUGACAUCCAGCGGCGAAACGUCAAGUUCAACCCAGACAUGUUACAGCUGGAGCUGAGCGGGUAUGACGCUCAGAAGGGAAAUUUCCGCAUGUCCAACAACGGGCACACGGUUCAAAUCGACCUGCCUCCCACAAUGAAGAUCACCAACGGCCUUCCAGGGAAGUUCACAGCUGUCCAGAUGCACCUGCACUGGGGUGGCUGGGGCCUGGAGGAAAGUGGGGCGGAGCACACGAUAGAUGGCAUCCGCUACAUGGCAGAGCUCCACGUUGUUCAUUACAAUACUGACAAGUACAACACCUUCUCUGAGGCCAAAGAUAAGCCAGACGGGUUGGCAGUGCUGGCAUUUGUCUAUGAUGAUGGUCAUUUUGAGAACACCUACUACAGUGAUUUCAUUUCAAACCUGGAGAAAAUAAAGUAUGCAGGUCAGUCCAUGAACAUUUCCAACAUAGACGUGCGCUCAAUGCUCCCUGAGAACCUCAGCCACUUCUUCAGAUACGAAGGCUCCCUCACAACUCCCCCCUGCUUUGAGAGUAUCAUCUGGACUGUGUUCGACACACCAAUCACUCUGUCACACAACCAGAUCAGGAAACUGGAGAGCACUCUAAUGGAUAUGGACAAUGAGACUCUGUGGAAUGAUUACCGCAUCGCUCAGCCGCUCAAUGACCGCGUCGUAGAGUCUUCUUUCCUGCCACGCCUUGGGAAAGGAACAUUUUGUCGGCAAGAUGAAAUUGAGUCCAAGCUCCAUAAGAUCGAGGGUCUGAUAACUUCUCUUGGAAAGAAUAUCUAUUCAGGUGGACGUUCCAGUUCAAGGCCUUCCAAAUAUGAGUACGGUGACCUCUUUCCUCUGGUGCUUGGCUUUGAUGAUAAAAACACUGAAAGCUAUGCUCUGGUUCACCUCAACCACCCCAUGGAUCUGAAUGCCUUGACUGUCUGCAUGCAUGUUCUCCUCAGGGUUGGGGGGGUCCACACUGUCAUCUCCUACUCCAGCAGCGGCCGUGACAAUGAGCUGAUGGUCUCCAUCAGUGAGGACACAAAUAUUAGGGAGGUGGGCCUCUGGAUCGGCAACGAGUUUGUUAACAUGCUGCACAGCUUGAAGACCCAGGACUGGACCAACUACUGCAUCACCUGGUCAUCCCACUCAGGCGGGGUGGACCUGUGGAUCAAUGGCAUGGUGGGGGAGCAGAGGCACCUGCAAAGCAGCCACUUAAUCAGUCAAGGUGGUAGGUUCAUACUGGGCAAAGACCAGGAUGGAUUUUUGGGAAUCUCCAACACAGAUGCCUUUGUGGGUAAGAUGACGGAUGUGAACGUAUGGGACUAUGUGCUGACCACUGCAGAGAUCCGAGACCAGUUUACAUGUGAGAGGAACAGCACCGUGGUUGGGAAUGUCCUGAGUUGGGGAAGCAGCAAAUUCAGUAUGUACGGGGGUGUGCAACUGGACAACCAGUACAGAUGCUCCUGAACUGGCUGCACAAUGAAUUCUGGUGAAAUAUUUCAACUUUCCAUGUGAAUUAUGAGAAUUUUUGGGAAUCAACUGGUAUUUAGACGUAAUUUACACAUGAUAAUUAAACAACAUGUUCAAACAUGAGUAUAAAAAAAUAAUGGUAUCAUUGGCAUAAAUAGUUGUUUGCAUGUUAAACAUUUAUAUCAUGCAUCAAAUGUAUUUAUCCAAAAUCUAAAAAACUAUUGCUUCACUGUAGAUGGUCCAUGGGCUCAAAUGAGUGGCAUCAAUAGUCCUGUCUCUGGAUUUGAAAAUGUGGCCCCACUUGUCCAGGGUGGUGGAAAUCAUCUAUCCAUGUGCUGGAGAAAUGCAUAGGGCAUGUAGGGGGCGUGGCCUCAAAACCCCGGCAGUAAGUGGCGUGAGAUGUGCAUGUGAUGAAAAGUAUAACGAAUAUAUGCAUGAAAUCUAGUUAUUUUAGUCACAGUAAUCCUAUAAUUUAUUGUUCUUAGCUGGAAAACCGACAUGUAUUCCUGUUUGUUAUCUUAAAUUCCAAUUAAUUCCCAAAAAUUCCCAUGGAAAGUUUGCAAAUUUCGAAACCUUAGCCCUGAAAACCUUCCUUUGCUUGUUUCAAAAUGAGCUUACAAUGCUGCAAAACCCCAAACCAUCACAGCUGAUGGUGUAACCUUUAAAAUGUUUAUGGUAAUGAAGGAUAAAAUGCCCGACAGGCUUUUGCAGUUCAAUAUUUUAAAUGUGUGCCACAGCUUCAUCCAUGUAUUCAUGUCUUUGCAUUAUAAAUAAAGACCUACAUGAAAGGA